AUGGAGGGGUUCGCCCGAAAGUUGCAAAAUCUACAAGACCAACUUGAGGGGAAGAUUAGACCAUCCGCUGAGAACAUAUUAACCUCUUCACCAUUCACGGCGGAGAUAGUGGAUUAUAAGGCUCCCUCGGAUAUAAAAAUUCUCGAACAUGCUACCUAUGAUGGGACGGGAGACCCGCGAGAGCAUUUGGUCAGUUACCAAGCUAAGAUGCAGAAAGAGAUACAAACCAUAGAGGGGUUGGAUGAGCAGGUGGCCAUCACCUUCUUCAUAGAAUCUCUCCGUGCGGGGAAAUUGUUCAUUGACCUCCACAAUGACAAACCAAAAACAUACGUUGAGGCCAUUCAGCGAGCGAGUCGGCAAGCAGAUACCAAGGAAGCGGUGAAACCAAAGCGACAUAAUGAAGCUGCCGAAUCAAGCUCCAAGAAACCCCGACCGGACCCAAGAGGUCGGACCGAACACGAACGUUCCAGCCGACCAGAAGGGAGAUGGGCCCCUGAAAGAGCGGGUGCUCCCCCCUAUCGGCCUACUGUCGCCCAAUCGGUCCAAGAGGAAAAACGUUCCUUGCCUCCCCCUCCACCUCUAAAGCCCGGAGAUCAACCCGAGAUCCUGCCACUCGAAGAAGCUCCUUCGAAGUAUUGUCGAUAUCAACGAUCGGCUACCCACACCACGGAGGAGUGUUCUUACUUGAAAAACGAGAUAGAGACGCUAAUUCAGAAGGGUGCCCCGCCCCCGCCGAAUCAGUGGAGGCGGUGUCCGCGUCAAGAUAGAUCGGAAUCACGAAAUGACCGAGGAAAACAACCUGUCUUUGAGGAAGAGGAGGCGAAUUGGAAGCAUAACAAGCCCGUCAUCAAUAUGAUUGGGGGAGGUCCAGAAGGGGGAGAUUCUUCAAGCUCAUGUAAGGCUUGGGCUCUGAAGAAGGUGUGUCGAGAACUGAUAGUGUUUACAGAUGAAGAUUUACCCAGAGGCCAGUUUCCUUAUCGUGAUGCCCUGGUUACUGCAAUGGACGUGAAUGGUACUAUCAUCCGGAGGGUUCUAGUAGACACUACCAACAGUGUAAACGUCCUCUACCUCGAAGUAUUUAAUAAGCUGGAAUUGGAGCGUGACAAGUUGAUACUUGUAAAGACUCCCCUGGCCGGAUUCACUAGGGAUUCGGUGGAGUCAGAAGGAUCGAUUCGCCUAUCUAUCGAGAUUGGCAUAUACCCGAAUCUUCGGAAUGUUGAGAUGGAGUUUGUGGUGGUAGAUCUAUCCUGCUCUCACAACAUGAUACUAGGUCGACCCAACUUGGAGGACUUAGGGGAGCUCAUCUCCAUCGACCACCUUUGUCUAAAGUUCCGAACUCUGAACGGAAUAGGGGUCGCGCGAUGCGACCAGAAAGUGGCGCCCUGUGAUACAAAAGAAAAGGUACAUUUUCGCUUAUCAAAGGGAGUUCAUCAAAAAAGAAGUCGAGACCCUGAUGGCUACUCGCGACAUUCGAGAGGUGAAAUAUCCCAAUUGGCUUGCCAAUGUGGUGCUUGUUCCAAAGCCGCCCGCAUGGCGAAUGUGCGUCGAUUAUACGAAUCUCAAUAA